CCGUGGCGGGCGGGGGGGGCGCCGUACGGUGGCCGGGAGGCGCCGCGCUCGGGGCCGGGCCCAGCAUGGGCGACCAUCGCGACACGGCGACAGCGACAGCGGGGGGGGGGCGGCGGCGGCGGCGGCCCCCCCCCGGCCCCGGGCAGGGCGACGGCGGCGACGACCCCGGCGGGGAUUUCAGGUGUCACAAGGUGCAGGAAUCCCUGCUGAGCUCGGCCAGCGGCUACAGCAACUACCGGGGGAUCCUCAACUGGUGUGUGGUCAUGCUGGUCCUGAGCAACGCUCGGCUCUUCCUGGAAAACCUCAUCAAGUACGGGAUCCUGGUGGACCCCAUCCAGGUGGUCUCCCUCUUCCUCAAAGACCCCUACAGCUGGCCCUCCCUCUGCCUGGUCAUCGUGGCCAACGUCUUCGUGGUGCUGGCCUUGGCCCUGGAGAGGCAGCUGGCGGCGGGGUCCCUCUCGGAGGGCGCGGGGGCCGCCCUGCACGCCCUCAACCUCCUGGCCAUCCUGUGCUUCCCCGCCGCCGUCGUCCUCGCCGUCACCUCCAUCACCCCCGUGGGGGCCGUCUUCGCCCUGGCCAUCUACACCGUCCUCUUCCUCAAGCUCUUCUCCUUCAAGGACGUCAAUAAGUGGUGUCGGGAGAAGAGGGAGGUAAAAGCGGCCCCCCCGGAGCCCGGGGACGGCUCGGACGCAGCCGCCGAGGAAGCCAACGGGGACGUGAGGAAGAGCGGGGUCGCCUACCCGGCCAACCUCACCUACAGAAAUCUCUACUACUUUCUCUUCGCGCCCACCCUGUGCUACGAGCUGAACUUCCCCCGCUCCCCCCGCGUCCGCAAGCGCUUCCUCCUCCGGCGCCUCUUCGAGAUGCUCUUCUUCACCCAGCUGCUGGUGGGGCUGAUCCAGCAGUGGAUGGUGCCCACGAUCCAGAACUCCAUGAAGCCCUUUCGGGACAUGGAUUAUUCCCGGAUCAUCGAGCGGCUCCUGAAACUGGCCGUCCCCAACCACCUCAUCUGGCUCAUCUUCUUCUACUGGUUCUUCCACUCCUGCCUGAACGUGGUGGCCGAAGUGAUGCAGUUCGGGGACCGGGAGUUCUACAGGGACUGGUGGAACUCGGAGUCGGUGACUUAUUUCUGGCAGAACUGGAACAUCCCCGUGCACAAGUGGUGCCUCAGGCACUUCUACAAGCCCAUGCUGAGGUGGGGGGUCAGCAAGUGGACGGCCCAAGUAGCUGUUUUCCUGGUGUCUGCCUUCUUCCACGAGUACUUGGUGAGCGUCCCCCUGAAGAUGUUCCGGCUCUGGGCGUUCAUGGGGAUGGCGGCUCAGAUCCCGCUGGCCUGGUUCGUCUCCAAGUUCCUCCGGGGUAACUACGGGAACGCGGCCGUCUGGAUCUCGCUGAUCAUCGGGCAGCCCAUCGCCGUCCUCAUGUACGUCCACGACUACUACGUCCUCAACUACGAAGGCAACCAGUGAGGGGAGGGGGAGAGGGGGGCACCCCCCGCCGACCCCCGGCACAGCAGCGGACCCCCGGACGGUGCCGCCGCCGGGAAACGCCGCCGGCGGGCGUCCUCGUGAAUCGAAUGUCGGAUCAAUGCAAUAUCCCGCCGUGGGGGGGGAUGGUGGGGACCCCCCGCCUCUGCCCCGGGGUCGCCGCGGCCUGGGUGGGAGGGAGGCAGGAGCUGAGCCUCCCCCCGGGGGGGGGCUGCGGGGUCUGGCCCCGCUUCCCCCCCACACACACACACCCCCCGCAGCCCCCCGGCUUUGAGCGCCCGCCCGCCCCGCGCCGUGACGGCACUUUACGGGACUGUCCCCGGCCCGUGACCGUCCCCGGGGCGGGGGUCUCGCCCCAGCCCUGCCGCGGCGCGACCCCUGCCCGCAGCUCGCCGCCGCGGUGGCCGGGAGCCCUGGGCGCCGCCUGCUCCGUCCGCUGCUGCCUCGGGCCUCGCUCGGGCCUCACUCAGCCACUUUUUAACCCUUUCAGAUUGUAUCUAGCAAAUAUUGAUUGAUUAAAGUGUCUUUUUUUUUUCCAA